AUGGCGCCGUCCCGGAAGCGCUCGCUGGCCGGGGGGAGCGCUUCCGGUCGGGGCGGGGCGGCUGCCUGGCUGAGCGUCUCCUCCGUGCGGGAGGCUGGAAAUGGCGGCCGGGAGGGGGCAGCGCAGGACGGCGGCGCCCGAGACCACCCUGCUGCCGGGGGGGCCCAGCCCCGACGCCCCGGGCCCCGCGCCACGACACUAGGCCGCCGCCGCCCGCCCGCGGAGGGGGGGAGCCCGACAGAUCCUCCUGCCCUGCACUUGGCCUCUGACCUCUGGGGCAUUGGGUCCCCUCCCGAUGGUGCACAACUGACCUGGCAGGCUUUUGCUCUGACAAGACAACCCCCGAAGGUCUUCAGAGUGUUGGAAGCUAAAGCUACCAAAGAAGCUGAAAGAACACUUAAGCAGCUGCACCAGACCCGGUCCUCCUUGCGAGGAACCUUCCGAUCAUUUAAAGAGUGUGGAGAGGGUGAAAGCAGUGUGCGCACCCGCCUGGAGUGCCCGUUGCUGUCUCUGCUAGUGGGAUCCAGGGAUGAGCGGACCGUUGCAGAUGAGAUUAGGACCAAGGAAUCAGUGCAAGAGGGGGAAGAACGGUUGAUGGAAGAAAAGAAAAAGAGGAAAGAGGACAAGAAGAAGAGAGAAGCUGCUCAGAAGAAGGCCACUGAACAGAAAAACAAAGUGCCAGAACCACCCAAGCCUGGUGUAAGCCCAUCUCUGCCCGUUGCCUCCAUUCCUACCGGUACUUCCACAGCAGCCGGCAGCAGCAGUAAUAACACCAACAAUAAUGCCAGACGGCCUGCAGGUGCCCACCCACCGCCAGCUCCACAGCAGCAGCAGCCUUCUCCUCGCUACCCGCCCCGCGAAGUGCCGCCCCGGUUUCGGCACCAGGAGCAGAAGCAGCUUCUGAAGCGUGGGCAGCAGCUGCCGGGGCUUGCGCUAAACCUGGGGGCAGCCUCUAAACCGCCAAACGGCCCGUCUGGAGGCAGCCCGGCCACAAGUGAGCAGCCCGUCGCAGUCAGAGAAGAGCAGAGCAGCAGCCAAAAACAGCCAGAUCUGAACCACAGCACACUGGGACCCCAUUAUGAGAGCGCUCACUGGGGAGCCGUCUCUUCCAGUAGCGACUCCGGCACAAGUUGGGAGAAGGUCCUCCUCGUAGACUGUUCGGACAAGGAGGGGUGGCCCUCGGCUGCCGGCAGCAACCCGGAGCUGGCUUCAGAAUGUAUGGAGACUGACUCUUCCUCAAGCUCCGGGUCGGAGAAGAGCCUGGCGCUCAUGGCUUCGAGAGGCCCGGGCACAGACAGCGGCUUGCCAAAUGGCAUCGGGCACGGCCCUCCAGCUGUGUUCGGCGGGGGCAGCAACAGCAAUAACGGGAGCGGGGGCAGCGCAAGCAGGCCAUGGGGGGUGUGCCUCAGCGCCGCAAUGAGCACAGGCCAGGCUUCUGCAGACGCUUCGAAGGGCACGCCAGAAGGUAGCAAUGGUAGAAUGAACACUUGGGGGCCCCUCAAUCCGUCACCCGGUGGAGGGUUAAAUCCCAGCACUUUGAAUGCCAGCGGCAGCCGCGGUGCCUGGCCCGUGUUGGAGAGCAACGGGCACCCCCUGAAAGGGCCUAGCGGAGGCGCCGGCAGCCAGGUGGCGAACAAUCUGAGCGGGAGCACCAGCCUCGGCUCCUGGGGGAGCCUCCCGGAGAGCAACUGUGAUCCCCAAGCCAAUGGUACCAGGAAGGUUUCGCAGAGCGGGCAACCUCAGAACCUUAACCCCGAAGUGAACGGACCAAAUAAUAACACUACUAACUUGAUGACCUCUAGCUUACCAAACUCCGCUGGCUCUGUGCAGAUGAACGAGCCGGCUGGCGGCGAUGCAGGGCCCUGGGGCCGGAGCGGCAGGAGCUCUCUGCUUCAGAACUCGCCGGUGAUCAGCAGCCCUCCCCAUCCUCACGUGAGCAACGGCGAAGUGAAAAUCGGCAGCCCGGCUUGGGCGGGCGCCUACGGCUCCACCUGCUCCGGGGACCGAAGUUCCGACUCCAGCGACUGGGCCGGCGGCGACACUGUGAAUGCAACUCUAAUGCCGCCAGGUCUCGGCGGGGCCAGCAGCACAAACUUUGAAAUCAACGGGGAUAAAGGAGCGGGGGGGUGGGAGGGAGCAGGGACAGACAGUGGCCCGCACCUGCCAUGGGGGGGCGGGACGGGCUCCGGGGGCGGCCGGAGAAGCUGGGGCGGCCCAGCCCAAAGCACUGACUUCGCAGAUGGAGAGUGGAACCAGCUGCCGAACAAUCAACACCCCUCCGAGAACGGCAGCGGGAGCGCCAAGAGGUUUCCCAGCGCAUGGCAGCCUGCCGAGGAGGAGAACACGAGCAUGGAGGUAGAGAGCUCUGCUCCCUCUCCCAUCCCGGAACAGCAUAGCAGGUGGGCGAAAGCCAGCCCCGGGGGGAGUGAAGCGGCCCCCGGCGGCCCCGAGGAAAGAGCGGCAGCGCUGGCAGAAGGGGCUGGUCUCGAGAGAAGAAAAGCCGACCAGUACACACUACUCCAAAGCAUUGUGAACAGGACGGGCCUGGACCCGCGGGUCCUUUCCAACUCCGGCUGGGGCCAGACGCCCAUCAAGCAGAACACGUCCUGGGACAUGGCGGCGUCCCCACAGGGGGAGAGGAAGGCGGACAAUGGCACCGAGGCCUGGGGAGGCUGCAGCUCAGGGGGCGGCACGGAGAGGCCCAGCCUGAACGGCCCUGCCGGCUCUUCAGGGUCUGGUCGGGGCGAGCCAAAGUCUGCUACGAGGCGGGGAGACCCCAAGGCCUCCAGCAGCCAGGGGAGCUGGGAGCGACUGGCUGCUUCCGCACAGGCCAAAGGCAAUCAGUCGUGGGCGGCAGGGGGCCAAGAUGACAAGCCCUCGCCGUCCCUUUGGAGCGACGCGGAGAAGUUCAGGCCGGGAGACAGACAGAAGGCGAGCCCUGGGCGGACGGGCCCUGCCGUCGAUGGCUGGGGGGAGAACCUGAGGAGCAGCAGCCAUUGGGGCGAGGCGAAGAAGUCCAGCUCCGGCAGCAGCGACAGCGACAGGUCGACCUCCGGCUGGAAGGAAGCAGGCAAGGUGGGCGCUACCCACUGGGGGGGCGGCCGAGCCAACCCAAAGAGCCCCUCUUCCGGGUGGGAGGAACCCGCCAAGCCGAGCCAGAGGCAGGUCUGGGGGGAGCCCGCCAAGGCCAGCCGCUCCCAGAGCUGGGAGGUGGCCAAGCCGCCCGCCUCGCCAGACUGGACCAAGCAGCAAGACCUCAGCGGGGGCUGGGGGGCACAGCCCGCCCCGAGCAGGGCACCAGGCGUGGGGUGGAUGGGUGGGCCGAUGCCGGCGCCAGCCAAGGAAGAAGAGCCCACCGGUUGGGAGGAGCCUUCCCCCGAAUCGAUUCGCCGCAAGAUGGAGAUCGACGAUGGGACUUCCGCUUGGGGGGACCCGGGCAGGUACAGCUACAAGAAUGUGAACAUGUGGGACAGGAACACCUCGAGGGGGAGCGACUCUUCGGACCAGCAAGCACACGGACCUCCACAGCGCCUUCCAUCCCAUUCCGCACCUGGCGCUGGCCCGGAGAAUGGUGGCGGCUCGGGUUGGGGAGAGCCCCCGCCGGCGACUGUAGACAACGGCACAUCAGCGUGGGGCAAGCCUGUCGACACGGGUACAAGUUGGGGAGAGUUUGUCAGUGAGGCAGGGAACUGGGGGAGUGUCUCCCUUAGCCAGCCGGCUCCUCGCAAAGCAGGGCCCAAGUCUAUGCAAGCGGCAGACAACUGGUGCGGCGGCGACAUGCCCUUCGCGGGGGGUCACCAGGCCAGCUGGGAGGAAGCGGAGGACGUGGAGAUCGGCAUGUGGAACGGCAGCUCGGCCCAAGACGACAAUGCCUCUCUGAACUGGCCGUCGUAUGGGAAGAGGCUGCCCUCCAAGGUGAGUUCCAGCAUCAGUCAAACAAUAGGAACAAUGAAAAAUGGAAACAAGCAAGAUGAAACAUGGAUAAAUCCAUUUGUUAAGCAAUUAGCCAAUCUCAACUUCUCUAGGGAAUCACCUGAAGAAAUCCUGCACAGCAAUAAGAUGGACCUACCUGGAGGGGUCUUGCCGGACAAGCGGAUGGAGAUGGAGAAGCACAGCCUGACCGCUGGCGAUUACAGCCGGGUGGUGGGGAAAGGCCCGGGCUGCCGUCCUCAGAUUUCCAAAGAGUCUUCCAUGGAUCGAAGUCCUUACUUUGAUAAGAAUGGCAACCCCAGCGUGUUUGGGACCCCGACUGCGCAGUCCCGGAGCCUGCCCCCGCCAGCACAGCCUCUGAACUCCUCUCAGCCUAACCCGCGAGCUCAAGUGCCUCCGCCGCCGUUGCUCUCCCCUCAGGUCCCCGUCUCUCUGCUCAAGUACGCACCAAACAACGGGGGGCUGAGCCCGCUCUUCAGCCCACAGCAGGUAGCCAUGUUGAACCAACUCUCCCAAUUGAACCAGCUUUCCCAGAUCUCCCAGUUGCAACGACUGCUGGCCCAGCAGAGGAAGGUCCAGACUCCGAGAAACGCAUCUGCCGGGGGCCGCCAGCCGGAGCCGCAGGGUCGCUCCCUGGGCCUACCGCAGCCCUGCCAGCUGGAUCCCAGCCUCCUUCUGAAGCAGCAGCAGCAGCAGCUCCAGACGCCCACCUUGAAGUCCUUCCUGGAGAGCGAGCUGCAGAAAGGGCCGGCCCAGAGCAAUCCCUUCAGCAACUUCCCUCUUGGACUGAACUCCAACUUGAAUGGAAACGUGGACAUGGGCAGUAUUAAAGAGCCGCAGUCUCGGCUGAGGAAAUGGACGACGGUGGAGAGCGUGGGAGCGAACACCUCGCUGGAUCAAAACGUCAGCAAAAAUGGUUCUAUUUCAAGCGGCUUCAGGCUGGAGGAAGCCCCCUUUGUCCCCUACGACUUCAUGAAUAGCAGUAAUUCGCCAGCCAGUCCUCCAGGCUCCAUUGGGGAUGGCUGGCCCCGUGCCAAAUCGCCGCCUAAUGGGUCUAGCAGUGUCAAUUGGCCCCCAGAGUUCCGCCCUGGUGAGCCCUGGAAAGGUUAUCCAAACAUCGACCCUGAAACCGACCCCUACAUCACUCCCGGCAGCGUCACAAACAAUCUGUCCAUUAACACUGUGCGGGAGGCUGACCACCUCAGGGACAGGAGCACUGGGUCAUCCUCAUCUCUGAACACCGCGCUGCCUUCGACUAGUGCCUGGUCCUCCGUUCGUGCCUCCAACUAUAAUGUUUCCCUCAGCAGUACAGCACAAAGCACUUCAGCCAGAAACAGUGACUCCAAAUCCUCGUGGUCUCCUGCUUCCAUGACCAACACCUCUCUGGCUCAUGAGCUGUGGAAGGUGCCUCUGCCCGCCAAGAGCAUCCCGGCUCCUCCGUCGCGCCCCCCGCCGGGGCUGACGGGCCAGAAGCUGCCCCUGUCCGCCUGGGACAGCCCCCUGCGGAUGGGGGGUGGCUGGAGCAAUUCCGAGGCCAGGUACACCCCCGGUUCCCACUGGACCGAGAGCGGCUCCGGGCGCCUGACCAGCUGUUGUCUCAUCCUGAAGAACCUCACGCCGCAGAUUGAUGGCUCCACCCUGCGGACGCUCUGCAUGCAGCACGGGCCUCUGACCACCUUCCACCUGAACCUGCCCCAUGGCAACGCCUUGGUCCGCUACAGUUCAAAAGAAGAGGUGGUGAAGGCACAGAAAUCUCUUCACAUGUGUGUCUUGGGGAACACUACAAUCCUCGCCGACUUUGCCAGUGAAGAGGAGAUCAGCCGCUUCUUUGCACAAGGCCAGUCCCUGACCCCCUCCCCCACCUGGCAGUCCCUGGGCACCGGCCACGGCCGGCUGGGGUCCGUGGAUGGCCCCCACCCCUUCCCCAACCGCAAUGACCUAAGUAAUCACUGGAAUGGUGCUGGGCUGCCGGGAGCCGGGGGUGGGGAGCUGCCUGGCGCGUCCCUCUGGGGGAGCCCCAACUAUUCCACCAGCCUGUGGGGCACGCUGGGCAGCAGCGACGGCCGGGGGCUCGGCAGCCCCUCCCCGCUCAACGCAUUCCUCUCCGUUGACCACCUGGGAGUGGGCGGGGGCAGCCCCUGCAACCCCCUCUCCUCCUUCAGCGAGUGA